AUGGAGAACAGCACAGAGGUGGCAGCCUUCCUCCUGCUGGGCCUGACCGACGACCCCCUCCUGCGGCUGCCCCUCGUCCUCACCUUCCUGCUCAUCUACGCCAUCACUGUGCUUGGGAACCUGGGCUUGGUCCUGCUGAUCCUGCUGGACCCGCGUCUGCACAGCCCCAUGUACUUCUUCCUCGGGAACCUGGCGCUGGUGGACUUUGGAUACUCCUCUGCGGUCACUCCGACGAUCGUUGCUGGGCUGCUUACAGGAGGAGACCAGGUCAUUGCUUACACUGCUUGUGUUGCUCAGAUGUUUUCUUUUGCAGUCUUUGCCAGUGGGGAAAAUUGUCUCUUGGCUGCAAUGGCCUAUGACCGCUAUACAGCAGUGUGCAAACCCCUGCACUACACCUCAAGGAUGACAACAAAUAUGUGCACAUGGCUGAUCAUAGCUUGUUACACCAUCGCUUUCCUGAAUGCCUGCACCUAUACUGGGGACACAUUCAGUCUCUCUUUCUGUAAAUCCAAUGUAAUCCAUCACUUUUUCUGUGAUAUUCCAGCAGUCAUGGUUCUCUCCUGCUCUGAUAGACAUUAUCAUGAGCUGGUUGUUCUGUAUGUUGUGAGUUUCAACAUCUUUUUUGCCCUGUUAAUUGUCAGUGUAUCCUACAGUUUCAUAUUUACCACAAUCUCAAGGUUACCCUCAGCGGCAAGACAUUCAAAGGCCUUCUCCACCUGCGCCUCCCACCUCACCGCCGUCUCCAUCUUCUACGGCACCGUCAUCUUCAUGUACCUGCAGCCCAGCUCCAGCCACUCCAUGGACACAGACAAGAUCGCUUCCGUGUUCUACACUAUGGUCAUCCCCAUGUUGAACCCCGUGGUCUACAGCCUGAGGAACAAGGAGGUGAAGAGCGCCUUCUUAAAGGUCAAGAGUAGAUUCAUCUGUUGGACAAAAUAA